AUGUCCAUUUUGAAGGGUGUUGAACCGAUCUUCACCCAGGGCCCAGCAGGCAUAUCUCUGCCUCCUGGGCCACCCAACCCAGAGGCCGCCAUGCCCAACACCUUUCCCUAUCUUCAAAAAGCGGGCAAUCCGAUGUCGCAACAACGUCCGCAAUCCGAAAGAACGACCAGACCACGUCCUACAAAAGCAGACUUGGAAACUGUGCAGACCACACCCAAGGCGGCGGCACGAGUAUCCAAAAAGUCUGAUAAGCGUGGCCGGCCCAAGAAGAUCAGCGAUGACCUCACGCAAAAAAUGAUUAUGCUGUUGGAAAAGUCGAACGGGGAUGUUUCCUGGGAACAAUUGGGGCAUUCGGUCGGCGUUGAUGGCGUACAUCUACAAACGAUCCGAAAUUACAUGAUCAAAGAAGGCUAUUGCAAACGAAUAGCCUGUCAGCAAAAGUGGUUGUCGAAACAGGCCCGAGAAACGCGGAUGCAAUACGCUUUAGCACAUCACAAAUGGCAGAACGAGUGGCGCUCAAUGUUAUUCAGUGAUUUCGUCAAUUUCGGUCUGGGCACAACACAGAAAGCAAAAGUGUUCAAUAGGAAAGAUGAGCGGCUAUGUGAAGAUUGUUUACAGUCAAGGGAAGAGAUCGAUAAAGCCCUUUUCCAUUGCUGGGCAAUGGUGGGAUAUGAUUACAAGGGGCCUCUUAUUUUCUUCCAAACCGAAGACAACGAUCUUUCUGCAAUGAGCCAGCGUGAUUACAUCUCCCAGAUCAUACAGCCGCACGUCCAACCGAUCGUGACUGUUCGGCGGAUGAUAUAUCUCGACAACGCCAGCGGCGGGUAUGAAAAGGCGACAGCUCCCCAGAAUAUGGUACACGCCUACCUCGACUCUUUACAGCUACCUUAUAUCCAGAACCCGGCAACAUCACCCGACCUCAAUAUUCUGAAAGAUGUUCUGCUUGUUUUGAAAAAGAGACUGCAAAAGAGGAGCAUCGGAGAUCAGGCUCAACUAAAGGUUGCAGUCCUGGAAGAAUGGGACAAAAUCACAACGAAGGAGAUUAAUAAAUUGGUCGAUACCAUGAAACUGCGCAUGGAAAAGGUGUUAACGAGGAAAGGAAUGCCCAUCUAG